AUGGCUUCUGCUGCUGCCAAACGUCUCACUGGCAAGACAAUUCUUGUCACUGGUGCAUCCUCCGGCAUCGGCCGCUCCACGGCUCUGGAGUUCGCUCGGACUGCGCCCAAUAAUGAUAUUCGUCUCAUCCUUACUGCACGUCGUGUUGAUUCCCUCAAGGAACUUGCUGAAGAAAUCAAGAAGGAGGUCGGCGAUGGUGUCAAGGUUCUGCCUUUCAAGCUCGAUGUGAGCAACCCUGCUGAGGUUAAGGGUAUUGUCGGCAACUUGCCCGAGGAGUGGAGGAACAUUGACGUGCUUGUCAACAAUGCUGGCCUUGUCAAGGGUGUUGCUCGUGCCCCUGAAAUUGCUGCGGAGGACAUCAAUGUUAUGUUCCAAACAAACGUCACAGGUCUCAUCAACAUGACCCAGGCUAUCCUCCCCAUCUUCCUCGCCCGACCAGACGGUGGCCACGGUGAUAUCAUCAACGUCGGCUCCAUUGCUGGCCGAGAGCCUUACCCUGGCGGUGGCAUCUACUGCGCUACAAAGGCCGCUGUUCGCAGCUUUACUGACAGCUUGCGAAAGGAGCUCAUUGCCAGUCGUGUCCGUGUUAUUGAGAUUGAUCCCGGUCAGGUCGAAACUGAGUUCUCCGUGGUACGAUUCUACGGUGACAAGGAAAAGGCCGAUGCUGUCUAUGCCGGGUGCGAACCGCUCACUCCCGACGACAUUGCUGAGAUCAUCGUAUUUACCGCAACUCGCCGAGAGAACGUUGUUGUUGCUGAUACGCUAGUAUUCCCCAGUCAUCAGGCUGGUGCUGGUAUUAUGCACCGAAAAACUUAG